AUGGACACGAGUCAUGUGCAGCCUAUCAAGCUAGCCAGGGUCACCGCGGUGCUCAACAGGACCAGUUCCCAGGGACAGCGCACACAGGUGCGCGUGGAAUUCAUGAACGACACGAGCCGCUCCAUCAUCCGCAACGUGAAAGGCCCCGUGCGCGAGGGCGACGUGCUCACUCUAUUGGAGUCAGAGUGAGAGGCUAGGAGGCUGCGCUGAAUUUGUGCCUG